UUGAUCAUAUAAUCGAUUUAUCACUUUAUCGCAGAGCUCUCUAGACGACCUUGAGCUCCGCUUAUUUGGUUGAAUCUACUAGUUAGACCAUAGUUUGCCUAUGCUGACAUUGUUCUAACUCGUUUCGAACUAGGUGGUCAGAAUCCUAUACUAAUAGCUAAUUAUACAACACGAAUCUAGAUCGCCGCGGUUUCCCUUGUCAGCCAGAAUCCCGAGUCGUUGCUGCUUUAAUUUGAGCCAUCCUGAGCCGUGGUGAGGCUGGCGUUGGUCAGCGGCACAGCUGGAGCCUCGUUUUCGGCUACCCCCGGCAAGAGUUGCAUCGCAGAAUCAUAUAAUGGCACAGAGGUUCUUUGACUGCUCGGUGUCUGAGUGCGGAAGACCGAGUGCACGCGCAGUAGGAGCCGGGUGCGAUAUGUGCAGCAGCUACUUCUGUGGAGUCCAUAUGUCUAGGGAUUUCCACAAGUGCAGCCUCGGAGACCUAGAUGAUGCGGCCUACAACACGCUCAUUGUCGCCGAAAUUGGCCGCGUUCGUGCUCAGAUUAACGAGAAGGCAGUCUGUGAACUCGCUUCUAGCUUAAAUGAUGGCAAACCUUGCAUCAUUGAAUACCCUUCAAAGGUUGUUGGGCUAGGCGCUCUUACGGGAUGUGCCAACUACCACGCCCGUAUUCGCUUCGGUGACGGAUCCCCGUCGUGGCUCAUGCGAGUACCGCGGGUUUCAGGCUUUGCCGUCGGGUUCCCCGUUUCUCUCGCAGAAUACCUGAUCCGCAGCGAGUAUGCAACCCUAAAGUUCCUGGAAAAGACGGCGGUACCGGCCCCGCGGGCCUUCUCAUUCGGCAUCCCGUCUCAAGGUACCGACCAUGGUAUUGGGGUCUGUUUUCUUCUCAUGGAGGAGUUGUCAGGCGAGCCGUGGGACGGUCAAGGAGAUACCGCCAAGAUCUGGAAGGGUCUCGCCGACAUCUUUGUGGAGUUGGAGAAGCAUCCAUUUACUAAAGCUGGGUCUCUAUAUGUCGAGUCUCCUGACGACUUACCAUCGGUCUCUGCUACGGCCAGUGAUAGAUUCGUCUGUCUUUACCCCUACGGGCCGUUUGAGACUUCGGUGGCAUACUAUACGGCCUGGGCAGAGCAGUACCUGGCGCUGAUUGCGGACGGUCAGCUUUAUCCCGAGUUUCCUAUCGAAGCCUACUUGGUAUAUCGAUUUCUCCAAGAUAAUGCGACCCAGUUAUCCUCGGAAUCGGACGAGUUCUUCCUGAAACAUGUCGACGAUAAGGGUGAUCAUCUGAUGGUUGACGAAGACCUUAACAUUACCGGCAUCAUCGACUGGCAAAUGGCGCGUAUCGUUCCGCGACGGGAGGCAUUUGCGCUAUCCCUCGUAUCCGCCGAUAUGAGAGCUCUCUGCGAAGGUAAUGUCUCGCUUAGUACAAAAGAUGUUGCAUUGAGCAAAGCCUUGCGCGAGAAGGGGUUGGGGCUGGCAAGCCACAUGGAAGACGAGAAGGUGAGGAGAUUCUUCUGGGGCUUGGGGCUCGAGUCCAAGUGGGAUUAUGCGCUACCAUUGGCAAAUGCUAUCCUUCAGGUCUUCGGGGUCGAACAGGGCUGGGAUGAAUGGAGGGAGUUAGCAUUGAAGCAGUAUGAGGGCGAUGAACGCCUGAAGGCUCUUGUAGAAGGGGCUUCCCGGGAAUAAAUCAUUAAGAAACAAGUGCGAGCGAGGUGUUCCAAAGAGCCGGGCAGAAAGAUAUCUGUACAUAUGAAGAUAUGAGACGCGGGGAUAGCUGCUUGGCAAUGACAGAGAAGACGGAAUUAGAAGAGGCGAGAGGAGGGUGCUGGCACGUUUAAAUCUGCAACGGCCAGAGAAACCAUGAACGAGAGGGUAGGUAAGCUGGACCAAGGUAUUGUUGCUGUGACAUUACGGUUUUCGGACGUGGGACUCAUUUUCGGCCACCUAGGGUGGAGUUGAAGCAAUUCCCAAUCUGCUGCGGCACAGCUUCUUAAAUGGAUGGCCGGAGUAAGCAAAGGUGACUGAGCAGUUCUGAUCAAAAGCAGCGAGAGGUCACGUUGCCCAAGUGGGAAGGCUGCCGUCUAGAUUCGUUUUGUCUAGCAAAGAGACAUCAGCUUCAAUGUCAGUAAGUCUCUUAUCAUAUUCAUAUUCAUCAUGAGGUUAAGGUAUGCUAUAUAAUAUGCCCAGAUAUCCAUCAAUGUUGAUCCGGUCAUAUAGACAUCAAU